AUGGCAGCCACGCGCGGAUCUCUCAGAAUGCUGUACAAUAGAGCACCGGCCACCAAGGUCAUUGGCGAAAUUCAGAAGCGCCGGGCCGAUGCUGGUAAACUUGUGGCUGGCGUCGCCGCGGCGUCAAAUAGUGACAUGUUCAAGGGACCACAAGAUGGAAAACCAAAAGCAAAACGAUGGGAUCACCACCUCAGCGAAGAAAGCCGCAUGCGCCAACCAUGUGCGCUGAAGCAAGCCGCCCGGCAUCUCAAUAAGCCAGGCCUGAUAUCGCUGGGAGGCGGUCUGCCUUCCAGCCAAGUCUUUCCAUUCGCCGAGCUUUCCAUGAAGAUACCCGUGGUCCCUGAGUUCUCGGAGCAGUCCACCUCUCAGUCUGGUGUGCAUGAAACGAUUGGAAAGUACGACAUACGGAAUGGAAAAGCCGAGUACGACUUGUCCAUUGCGCUCAACUAUGGCCAGGCGACAGGCUCAGCGCAGAUGAUGAGAUUCCUCACCGAGCACACCGAAGUCAUCUGCCAGCCGCCCUAUGCGGACUGGGCCGUCUGCCAGACUAUCGGCAGCACCGGAGCGCUGGAGCAGGCGGUGCGCAUGUUCUGCGACAAGAACCGGCGCGACGCCGUGCUGACCGAGGAGUUUAGCUUCUCGACGGCCCUGGAGACGAUUGAGCCCCUGGGCGUUGGUACCUUUGGCACGCCCAUUGACAGCCAAGGCAUCAUUCCAGAGGCAAUGGAUGAUCUGUUGAGCAACUGGGACGAGAGCACUCGAGGGUUUCGCAAGCCUCAUGUCCUUUAUACGGUUCCGUCCGGCCAGAAUCCCACAGGUGCUACGCAAGGCGCCGAGCGCCGCCGGGCGAUUUAUGCCGUUGCUCAAAAACACGACAUGGUCAUCAUAGAAGACGAGCCGUAUUUUUUCCUGCAAAUGGAGCCCUACGGCCAAAAUCAGGAUAGCACAACCGGUACCGUUGAUGAGUUCGUGGACUCACUGGUACAACCAUACGUCAGCAUCGACGUGGACGGCCGUGUGAUGCGACUCGACUCAGUCUCCAAGGUUUUGGCUCCUGGCUCCCGACUCGGCUGGGUCGUGGCCUCGCAGCAGCUUAUUGAGCGAUACCAGCGCCAUGCCGAGGUUGCUUCUCAGGGGCCCAGCGGGUUUUCGCAAGUAAUUCUGCACAAGCUGCUUGACGAGACCUGGGGCCACGAGGGCUACCUCAAAUGGCUGAUGAACCUGCGCACAGAGUACACGCUCAAGCGCAACGCCUUGAUGGCCGCCUGCGAAAAGCAUCUUCCACAGAACAUUGUCAGCUGGACCCCUCCAGCUGCUGGCAUGUUUGUCUGGCUUACUGUGGACCACACGAAGCAUCCCGAUCACGGCAAACGGAAGCUCGAAGACAUUGAGCAGGAGAUCUUUGACGCAUGCAUCGAUGGCGGUGUACUCGUAGCUCGAGGCUCAUGGUUCCGCGCUGAACAGCAUGUGCCGCUGUCUGGACUCUACUUCCGCGCCACCUAUGCCAUGGCCAGCCCCGAAAACAUGGACAUAGCUAUAUCCCGAUUCGGUGACGCAGUCCGUAGCAGUUUCAAGUAG